GGGAAUCUCAGGCAAAGAUCUCCCGUAAGAUAUUUUCGGCAAUCACCAUGUAAGCCAUACUUCCUUCCGGCCAGACGAACAGAUAUCGAUUUGCCAGUAUUAGCUUAGUGAUGGGAUCCCCCUUGGAUGCAAGAAAGCAACAGCGGCAGCUUUCAGUCAAUUAUAACUGCUGGUACGAAUCAUGUGAUAGAAAUGAUUUGCCAGCUGCACACCCCUGUGUAGACGACAAGCCUUGCCUACUGUGCAUUAGUGCGGAGAAUCGUUCGAAUUCCGGAUUUCCUAAGGUUGUUUAUAAUCGGGGAAUAUCGGGAAAGGCGAACAUCCUCCUGAAUGUUUCUUAUUUGGAUCCAGGUGUAGGUUGUCUCGGGGCUCUCGGGGCUAUUAUCUGGGCUACUACUAUCAGAUCUACUACCGGACCUGCUAUGGAGGCUACUAUUAUGAAGCGAUAACAGGAUCAACACCCUGGAGUGUAGCAUGCAGAUCACUUGAAAAAUAAAAUGAAACAGCAGUAGAUAUACCUGUC